ACCGGGUCAAGUGGAAGCUAGGAUUGUCUGGAGUACAUUUUCAGGCGUGAAGUGCAAAACUGCCAUUAGAUGGAACCCUCGUCGUGUCCCUCGAACAAGCCAUCGCAGGACCUUUCUGCACCCGCCAACUAGCAGACCUAGGAGCGCGAGUAAUAAAAGUCGAACGUCCCGGAGCCGGAGAUUUCAACAGAUACCACGACACCCGAGUAAAAGGCCUCUGCUCACACUUCGUCUGGACAAACCGAAGCAAAGAGAGCCUGGCCCUCGACCUAAAACAACCCUCCGACCUCUCCGCCCUAAAAACAAUCCUCGAAAAAAGCAGACAUCCUCGUCCAAAACCUCGCCCCGGGCGCAACAGAACGUAUGGGUCUCGACUACAAAAGUCUCAAAGGAACCCACCCCUCUCUAAUCGUCUGCGACAUUUCCGGAUACGGAAGUACAGGCCCCUACCGCAACAAAAAAGCCUACGACCUCCUCAUCCAAGCCGAAGCAGGCUUCUUAUCCAUCACAGCUUCACCCGGUCAGCCGGCAAAAUCCGGAAUCAGCAUCGCAGACAUCGCCGCGGCAACAACAGCCUUCCAAAACAUUCUCGCCGCGAUACUCCAACGCUCUCAGAACGGUGGUCGGGGAGGUUGUCGUUUGGAUGUGAGAGAGACGGAGAGUUUGCUGGAGAAGUUGCAGGAGAAUGGGAUUGCGAAUUCGAGGUUGAGGGAUUUGGAGGGGGUUUGGGAGCAUCCGCAACUUGAGGCUAGGGAGAGGUGGGUGGAGGUUGAGACGGAGAAUGGGAUGAUUCCGACUUUGAAACCGGCGGGUGCUCCGGAUGGAUGCGAGGCUCUGGGGUAUCUCUAGGGGCCAUGGGUUUGUGUUGCGCAGUCAAAAAAUAUUGCCACGCCGAUAUCCUGAAGCGAGCGCGAUUUCGAACUCAGGAUCAUGAUCUUAUCUGCCUCCCUCCACUUCGCGAUUUUGAGCUCUUCGAUCGCGGCACGCCAGAGAGGUCUUUGAUAUCCGUACGAGCUGACCACUAGUCGAAUCUCGCUAUGAGCAUAUCCAUCUGAUCCUCGAUGUUCUUCAAUCCAGUAAUAACAUUCGUAUCAGGACCUUUACCGGGCGUCCAAGCAGCGUGCGCGAAAUCAAUCAUUUUGACCGCAUGCGUCGUAGGCAGGGACUCCUCCUCCUCCUCUUCUUCCUCCUGAGAUUUCUUGACUUCGAAAGUCGUCGGCGCGCGCUCAUCCACCCUCGGAGUUUUCGGAUCGCCACCCAUCAGCGUAUCCAACGCAUCAGCAUCACCCUCAUACACGAUCAGGAUACUCGCACUAUACAUCCUGGACUCCGAUCUCUCCAGACUGUGUCUCGCCUUCGUAAUCUCCGCCAAAAUCGUCUCAAGAAGUUCCCUCGCAUCCUCUUUCCUGACGGCGCCGGCGCCAAGACUACUGAAAAAAGUCGCAAACCCAUCCUUCACAUUCUCCGCAUUGAACUUCCGCCCGUAGAAUUUAUCGUAAAUGUCAAAAGAAUUUCCAUUCCACACUUUCAUGCCCGCGAUUCGGAAGUUUAGAGAUCCACUCGUCGUUUCCGCCGCCACUUUGUCGAGCCGCGAAGCUUUCUCGGCUUUCGUCUGCUCCGGAUCGUACAGCACGGCGCCAAGCUUGAGAUCCAUGACGUUGGCACGUUUGAAGCCGUGUUCGAGGUUCUCGAGCACGAUGGCGGUCUCGGAGGCGAUUUUCUGGCCGUGGAGGAGGUUUUGGUCUUUUUGGUCUUGCGUGAGUGCUUCGUCGGAUGCGGCUGUGACGGCUGGAAUGGUGGCGGGUGCGCCGAGCGAGAGCGUGCCCAUGAAUGUUGGCAUUAAUUCGUAGAAUUUCGGAUGGUGUUGUAGGCUUUCUUGGUAGAAUGCGAUCUCGGCUUGGGUGCAUGGUUUGAUGAUCAGUUCGCCGGACUCGUCGGACAAGACUCCAUCGUGGCCUGCAGCGGCGUGCUCGAAGGCUUUCAGCUUGGCUGAGUCCAGCUUGGGCGCUGCGUUGGAAGCCAUGAUGAUAUGAUGUGCUUCUCCCUUCUGCGUGAG